AUGCAAUCAGACGAGUCUGAUUAUAUUAAAGUACUGAGGAUAAAAGGGGCCAACGGCGAGGAGAGAACGUUGCAGUUCCCCAUGAAACUCGACCUUGAACGUCCAAAACGACCUCGCACCACAUUUUCCGAGGAGCAACUUCGUUUACUCGAGGAAGCCUUUCAGGAAAACGGCUACCUGACUGGAGAAACUCGGAUGGCCUUGGCUGCACGAUUGGGCCUCAGUGAUACUCAGGUGAAAGUGUGGUUCCAGAAUCGUAGGACAAAGAACAGAAAGAAGACAGUCAACGAGGACGGAAGAGCUAUCGGAUCGGUCUCGACACAUGCUCCACCUCAUCAAAACUCUUCCAUACAAAGUCAGCUACCAUAUCCGAACUAUGUGUAUCCUCAGCAUUUUAUCACCUCGACAGCAUUCUAUCCGUAUUCAACCACCGCCCAAUCGCAGAUUCCUUUCCUACAAGAUUUGUAA